CGCCAGCUCUCACUCGCAGCCAGUCCAGCACCGCCGUCACCCACCACAGCAGCCACCACAGCAGCCAUGGAGAGCCAGAGCAUCCUCAGCGACACGAGCUACCAGACGUACGAGGAGUACGGCGACAACUUGCGCAUCGAUGCUAUCGAGCCCCUCGUUCAGCCCGCGCUCCUCAAGGCCGAGAUCCCCAUCAGCGACGCCUCGAAGCGUACCGUCGCAAAGUCGCGCGCCCAGGUCGCGUCGGUCCUCCGCGGCGACAGCGACAAGCUCAUCGUCAUCGUCGGCCCGUGCUCGAUCCACGACGUCGACGAGGCAAAGGAGUACGCGGCCCUCUUGCGCGAGGAGGCAAAGAACCUGCCCAACCUCGUCGUCCUCAUGCGCGCCUACUUCGAGAAACCCCGCACGACGGUCGGCUGGAAGGGCCUCAUCAACGACCCCGACAUCAACGGCUCGUACCAGAUCAACAAGGGCCUGCGCAUCGCGCGCACCCUCCUUGCCGACCUCACGGCGAGCGGCGUCCCCGUCGCGUGCGAGCUGCUCGACACCAUCUCGCCUCAGUUCCUCGCAGACGUCAUCUCGUGGGGUGCCAUCGGUGCGCGCACGACUGAGUCGCAGCUCCACCGCGAGCUCGCCUCGGGCGCCUCGUUCCCCAUCGGCUUCAAGAACGGCACGGACGGCUCGCUCGGCGUCGCUGUCGACGCCAUGCUGUCGGCGGCGCACCCGCACGCGUUCCUCGGCGUCACCGAGAGCGGCUUGGCCGCGAUCGUGCGCACGGCGGGCAACCGCGACGUGCACGUCAUCCUCCGCGGCGGCUCGCGCGGCACCAACUACGACGCCGACAGCGUCAACAGCGCCGUCGACCAGGUCCGCAAGAUCUCCAAGCCCGAACUCGACUUCUUGCCCGCCGUCAUGGUCGAUGCUUCGCACGCCAACUCGCAAAAGACCACCGCAACCAGCCCAAAGGUCAUCGCCUCGGUGUGCGCCCAGCUCGCGUCGGGCUCGAACGGCAUCUGCGGCAUCAUGCUCGAGUCGAACCUCGAGGAGGGCGCGCAAAAGGCGCCCAACGGCCGCGAGGGCCUCAAGCGCGGUGUCAGCAUCACCGACGCGUGCGUCAGCUGGGAGGUCACCAAGGGCUUGUUGAGGGACCUUAACC